GAGACGGUAGAGAGCACAUUAAAAAACGAAACUCGGCGCCCCAUUGCUUUGUUCAUUUCAUUUGACAGUCUUACAAUUUGACCAUGUCACGCUAUCACGUCCCCGUUCCUGAUUAUGACUUUACCGUCAGACAACAAAAAUACGUACCUGCUAGAAACCCAUAUAUUCCAACCCCAGAUUAUACUCUGAAAAAUCAAAAACAGAAAAACAGACCAUCUCUGAAUAAUAUUGGAACAGAGUUUGCACCACAAAAUGCACCUGAAUUCUACGAGCUACCUCCUAUUUAUAUUCCAAUUGAGGUUCCACCACCAGCACUGGUAAAAGAGCAAAGUUCCCGAAGGCCCACUAAUUCAGAUCGUCAAUCGAUUUCAAAGCUUCCUGAUGAAAAUUAUAACUAUCCCGAGAUCAAGCAACAUUCAUAUAUGGAGGACCGAAAUGAGGAAGAACGACACAUUUCCACAAAAGAGCACAUUAAGCAGAUUGGUGUACCAGUGCUUCCGGGAAUCGCUUCAGCGAUACUUCCAAUUUCAAGUCUUGAACUAGCAGCAGCACCAGUAGCAACCGAUCAAAACAGAGCAUACCUCCGUCAUUUAGAAAAUCACAAAAAGUUUGACACUCUCCGCGGUGACCGUGGAAUCGAUGAUUGUGAAAUUUGCCAAAUUAUGAAGAAACAACUAGAAGCAGAAAAACAAGACUCUGGACAUCAUUCCUGGGAAAAACCACAAUAUGCUGGACAUCACGUAGCAAAUCAACACUCAAGUUCGGGUAGUGGAAAGAAAAGAGGAGAUGUCCGCGACAUAUUUCGGAUUGAGGAACAACCAGAGCCCGAACCAUAUUUCCGUUCAGUGAGUGCUCGUGCUCGCCAUAACUACGAAAAACACCGAGACGUUGAUGUCAGCAUCCGAGCCAUGGAGCAAGUUGAUAUUCUCUACAUGGAACGAGAGUUUGCACUGUGCCGUAAAUCGGAUAAUACUAUCGGAUGGAUACCUUCUUCAGUUUUUGAAUUGUAAACCUCUCUGUUACAAAUUGCGUUUUUUUUUCAUGUGUGUUUGAAUGAUUUUUGUUCUGAUUUCCCAUCAAAGUUCAAUAAACAAAUGUCAUAACUUUA